UUCUUUUCUGUUCACACUUCCACUACAAAAACCCUGAUUCUCAAACAGAGUUUCUCUCCAAAACACAAUCAUUUUUCAAGCCACGUCUUUGAAAAAACACCUUCAUUUCUCUUCUUCCAGAUUCCAAUAUAACCAUAUAUACGUGGUCUUUCCAUUCUUAUUCAGGUGUUAAACAGAAAUAUAUCAUUUAUCAAUAUGAAAUCCAAAGCAGGCAACCAAAACAGGUUUCUUCGCAUCAUUACUAUUCCAAUACGUGCUUUGGGGAAAGUACGGGAUUUAUAUGUGAAAAGCAUGACAGAUUACGCAGACAGGGUAAGUUAUGGCAACGUUAUGGGGGGUCCGGGAACCGGGCAGGCACCGACCCUUCCGAAGAGUUUCAGUGUCCACACAACGAGAUCUUACGAGAAUGGUGAUAUUAGUGAGCUCAUUAGAGCUUCUUCUGCAAGGAAUAGUGGCAGUGGGGUUGAUCUCGAUUCGUAUAUGCCAAAACAGAUGCAAAUGAAGCCACCAUCUUCGGGGAGCAUGGGAUCGAGGGCUAUGCCGAGAAGUAGAACUGUUGUUAUGGGUAGAAUUGAUGAAGACAGGCCUUGUAAUUAUUUUGGAGAAAAUAAUGUUAAUAGGAAGGUUGAGUUGAUGUAUCCCAGGAGUAGAAGUCAUGCUGUCCCAAGACAACCUGUUUAUUAGUCUGGGUAGAGGUGUGCGUAGUUGUGAUAAGAAAAAUUUGUAUUUGUGAGACAGCCCAUAUGAAACUGCUCUUGCAUGAGUUGAAUUAUUCUUUUGUUUGUUGUUACUAGAAAAGGUCGAUUUGUAGUUACUAUCAAUUUAUCAUUGCAAAGAUUUUUUCUUCUAAAAUUAUGAUUUUUUCAUAUGGUA